UCAGCCUCUAAUAAGGAAAAUUAAAAAAGGGAUCAGAAAGGGAGUUUCAUUGUUUGCUUCACAGUUCUUCCCAUCGUACUUUGUUUAUUUUUCUUACCAACACUACCAUGGGAGCCUGUGCGAGCACGCCUAGGAAGUCUGAUAUUCUUGAAACCCCUGCCACCACCGAAAACGCUGUCGUUGAGUCCAAGAACGUCCAAACCGAAGCUGUAUCUCAGGAGAAGGCAGAUGAAGUUGUUGCAGAGAAGAAGGAAGAGUCUAAUGUAGAUGAAGCAGAGAUACAGAAGGAGGCUGAACCAGCCAAACCGGCGGAGGCAGACAAGCCUGUCGAGGCUGUGAAGACCGAGGAAACUCAAGAAGCUGCUGUUGAUGAGAAAGCUUCUUCUGGUGAGACUGAGCCACCAAAACAAGAGGAGGCUACAACCGCCAGUGAUACCAAAACUAACGAAGAGCCUCUUGCAACCCUUUAAACUCAUUUCUCAACUCUGUAAUAUGUACGUUUCUCAUCAUUGUCGUAUUUCUAUUGCUGCCACAUGUAUAACAAUAAACUAAUUUCUAUAAUUAUCCAGCGUGGUACGUAUCUAUUUGUUGGGCUUAGGUAUAAAUGGGCUUUAAAUUAACCAAUGAUUUUUUGUUUCAGUAAAGGUAAAGCUAAGUUUUCUUUGUCCCACAUCGGAACAAGUAGUAGAGUUGAUAGGUGUUGCGUAGAUAUAAAUAAAGAGGCUCUCUCACACUAUCAAACCAUCUUUGCGCUUGGGGCAAUGACGCAGCUAAUGAGGUACUAACCGAGGCGCGUCUAUUGCUGGUUGAAAACUAUUUCCAAACCCCCUCCUGGGCCUAAGCUUGUCUUGGGCCUUCGAGAAUUUCUGGAAGGGCUCCCUUCGGGGUAAAGCUCUA